AUGUCUGACAAAAAACCACACAAUGAAGUCGAGACGCCACCGAAGCGACCGGCCUGUCCACACACACAUUGUGAAGACACUAACACCAUCCCCGUCACCAUAGAAGCUUUCAGAGAUAUUUUCAAAAAGGCAGAACUUGACUUUGUGGGACUCCUCUGGCAACUCGAGCACCAUGGCUGUCUCCGUGUGUCCUCUCCGGAAUCUGACAAGAGAAUUCAAGGCCAAUUGACGGUUAGUGUCGAGGAACAAGUCGAAGCGGCGAUCAACAAGAUCUUCCACACGAGUGACUGGACCGGCAGGCAGCCUUUGCAGGAUCUGAUCACGACAUUCGAGCACGACUACGCAACGAAAUGGGGACAACCGAACGGCAUCUGGCACGACAUGGCACGGGUCUACCCAGAGUGUCGUGAGGAGAUCGUCGUCCAUAGAGACCUGAGCGCACUUUAG